GCGAAAAUCGGCUGAAAACCGGAGGAGAUUUUCCAGCUGGGGAGGAAACUGUCUUCGACGGCAGGCUGUGGCAUUGCCAUUGUGCGCUUAAGAACUGAUAGCGAAAGUGAGAGUGGGACAGUGGAGAGGAGACCAAACAAGUGCCGGAACGUGCUCGAGUGCCUCCAUCCUUGCGGUUUUUGGUUUUUGUGCCUCGAGCCCCUGCUCUCCACGUACGUUCCCGUAUAUAUCGUAUCCGCCGUGUUGACACGUCGGCGGUCGCCAGCUCUCGGUUUUUAUUUAUACCCUCUGUUUUGCGUACUUUUUCCCGUGGUUAGCCGGCCAAAAACUUUCGUGUGUCAGGGCCCAACCAUAAUACUUAACGGCCAGUGUGAGAGUUCAAGUUUAACUGACUGCAAACCAACUUGAAAUUAAAUCAAUUUGCCAAGGCAUCUGGCGGCGGGCGAGAACCCAACGGCUCAGUCCAUUUGCAAUGAGCGGAAUACUGCGCAAGGCUUUCUGAGCGGCCAAGGCGUUUUUGGCCAGGCCAUCGAGUAAGGAGCUCAAUUCCGGCGGCGACGGAAAUGGAUGCUUAAGUGGUGCGCAUCCGAACCGGAACCACCGGCAGCAAGUCGAGCACACAACCACCACUCAACUCAUUAGCCGCCGAGCCGUAAUGAUGGCAAACUUGAGCUGGAUGAGCACCACCAUCACCACCACCGUGGCCACCAUCACCGAGACCCAGUUGCCGUUGGUCAGCACCACCACCAACUGGAGCCUGACCUCGCCGGCCACCACGAGCGUUAUCCUGGCGGAGGACGAUGACCGGAGUGGCGGGAUCAUACACAACCAGUUCGUGCAGAUCUUCUUCUAUGUCCUGUACGCCACCGUCUUCGUCCUGGGAGUCUUUGGUAAUGUCCUGGUCUGCUAUGUGGUCCUGAGGAACCGAGCCAUGCAGACGGUGACGAAUAUAUUCAUUACGAAUCUGGCCCUCUCCGACAUCCUGCUGUGCGUCCUGGCGGUGCCCUUCACGCCGCUCUACACGUUCAUGGGUCGCUGGGCCUUUGGAAGGAGCCUGUGCCACCUGGUGUCCUUCGCCCAGGGCUGCAGCAUCUACAUAUCCACGCUGACGCUCACCUCGAUCGCGAUCGACCGCUACUUCGUGAUCAUCUACCCCUUCCAUCCGCGCAUGAAGCUCUCCACCUGCAUCGGCAUCAUAGUGAGCAUCUGGGUGAUAGCCCUGCUGGCCACCGUGCCCUACGGCAUGUACAUGAAGAUGACCAACGAGCUGGUCAACGGGACACAGUCUGCGAACGAGACCCUGGUGGAGGCCACUCUGAUGCUGAACGGCAGCUUCGUAGCUCAGGGAUCGGGAUCGGGCUUCAUCGAGCCGCCGGAUGCCACCUCGGCGGCCCAGGCCUACAUGCAGGUGAUGACAGCGGGCUCGGCGGGUCCGGAGAUGCCCUAUGUGCGGGUGUACUGCGAGGAGAACUGGCCUUCGGAGCAGUACAGGAAGGUGUUCGGAGCCAUCACCACCACGCUGCAGUUCGUGCUGCCCUUCUUCAUCAUCUCCAUUUGCUACGUGUGGAUCUCGGUGAAGCUGAACCAGCGGGCUAGGGCCAAGCCGGGAUCGAAGUCCUCGAGGAGGGAGGAGGCGGAUCGGGAUCGCAAGAAGCGCACCAAUCGCAUGCUUAUCGCCAUGGUGGCCGUCUUUGGACUCAGCUGGCUGCCCAUCAACGUGGUCAACAUAUUCGAUGACUUCGACGACAAGUCCAACGAGUGGCGUUUCUACAUCCUGUUCUUCUUCGUAGCCCACUCGAUCGCCAUGAGCUCCACCUGCUACAACCCCUUUCUGUACGCCUGGCUGAACGAGAACUUCCGCAAGGAGUUCAAGCACGUGCUGCCCUGCUUCAAUCCCUCGAACAACAACAUCAUCAACAUCACCAGGGGCUACAACCGGAGUGACCGGAACACCUGUGGCCCGCGUCUGCAUCACGGCAAGAGGGAUGGCGGGCUGGGCAGCCUGGAUGUCGACGACCAGGACGAGAACGGCAUCACCCAGGAGACGUGUCUGCCCAAGGAGAAGCUGCUGAUCAUUCCCAGGGAGCCGACCUACGGCAAUGGCACCGGCGCCGUGUCGCCCAUCCUCAGUGGACGGGGCAUCAAUGCGGCCCUCGUCCACGGCGGAGACCACCAGAUGCACCAGCUCCAGUCGUCGCAGCAUCAGCAGGUGGAGCUGACGAGGCGUAUCCGCCGGCGGACGGACGAGACGGACGGGGACUACCUGGACUCCGGCGACGAGCAGACCGUGGAGAUGCGCUUCAGCGAGACGCCGUUCGUGAGCACGGACAACACCACUGGGAUCAGCAUCCUCGAGACGAGCACGAGCAACUGCCAGGACUCGGAUGUGAUGGUCGAGCUGGGCGAGGGACUCGGAGCUGGUGGCGGGGGAGAGAUCGGGAGGCGAUUCAACUGAGAUAGGAUAUUCGAAACGCAUUUCUAGGCAGCUUCGAGACCGGAGUUUUAUUGAAUUGCGUCCGUAAUUCAAGCCAAAAUAAUGCAGGGAAAUGUCAGCUGGAAGUCUCGGAACUCCUUUUGUAAACCACACUCAACAUGGAUGAGUAGAAAAAUGCUGAUAAAUGGCAAACCAAGUGACAACGAUGUGGCAAGUGAAGGAGCGGGGGAGGUUGUCAAGCAAUUGGCUGGAACAGCUACACAAGUCAUUGAUAUCAGAUGUACAUAUAUAUGUUCUAUGGGUGUGCCUGGAUGGGGUAAUGGAGUGUGUGUGGUGUGUUGGGGGCGUGCAGGCCUGGGGGCAGAACUGCCUCUUUAUACUUUAUACUGCUAUUUUUUGCCGAAUUUUCCGUUGCCAUUCAGGCCGCGACAAUUGCCGGGCCAUUUCGCAUAUUUACAAUGCCUCGAAGGGUGAUUCCAGGCGCUCUCCGAAGAACAGUUUGCCUUUGUCGCUUUCAAUUUGUACCUAACAACUGUCAGACAUUUGUCGUUUGGGCUUGGCUUUCGCCAGUCACACGGAAUUAAAUUUCGAGCGCUGGUUUCUCGGCCCAAUUGUGUGGAAAUAUGUCAGCGCAAGGCCUUCCACCUCCAACUCGUUGUUGGCCCUGCAGAACAGAGGAAAAAUAAUUUGCUCGACUUCAAAAAAGCAAACAUUUCCACGGCUGAUGGAGCACCAUAAGGCCAACAAGGAAAAAACCAGGCAUGAGAGAGCUGACAUUGAUGAGAUUUGCACGGGCCAACAGAACCAGAUCGUUGAAUUUACGAGUAUUGAGGCUGACUGACAGCUGGCAAGACCGAAUGCCCGCCUGCAGGCAUUCCAAAAAUUGUAACUCGAAACGAAUUUAAGGUCCCGUCAUGAGAGCAUUUUUUAACCCCGUUCUCGAUUCCGGAUAUGCAACAGAAUAUUGGGUUUUAUCAAUUUCAUAGCCGUCACAUUCACCUGUAUAUUCUUACAAUUCAUUUUAGCUCCAGCAAUAUCAGCGCGGUUACACCUUAGUAUAAGGCCAUGUGUGUGAAUAAUGAAAUAACUAGGUUUAACUGCUGGCGUAAAACUAUUUUAUCACGAAAUAUUUCAUAGCAAAUAAAUGUGUCAGGUCUAAGACGGCCGACGAAGGCAUUUUUAUAGAUUAAGCUGCCCGACAUGCUUGUAAAGUGUUUUCGAGCCUAGACAUAAAUAAAAGAAUAUAUAAAUAGGCAUUAACGUGUAAGCGCAUCAAAUGCUAAAAAUAAAUUGAGGAGGAAAAUGGGAUGCCAAAAAGAUGCAGACCCAAAAACCAAAAGUACUCAAAGCUGUGCUGACCAUGAGCCCCGCUUUCGAAAGACUGUCUUAAAUUAGACUUUCGAAAACAUGUUACCUGCUUUGGUGUACUCUUGGUUUUUCCUGCUUUGAGAUCACAUGUUUCCACUGCGUAUACGUAAUUAUAGUCAAUGUUAGUCGGUGUUUUAAUAUACUAAGCUAGAAAUUGCUGAGAUUUAUGGGAAUACUCAACAUGGCAUUAAAGUACGACAGGGUCUCAACAAAGUCUUGAGAAGGCCCAAUAAAACCUAAAUAAAUUAGUGUAGAAAACUUUAUGAAUUCUUAGCUACAAUUAAAUGUUGGCUGUUGUAUCGAUGUAUUACGAACGAAUAAGAUAAGAUGUGGAAACAAGGAAAGGCAUUUUUAUAGGUAAAAAUUAAAUAUAUCCGUAGGCUAAAUAAAUUACAAAAAUAUUGUAAGCAUCAUACAAAAAUAUUGAUAGCAAAGUGAAAUUCUACCUAAGCUAGGUUUUAAAAAUUAAACAAUAUUGCUUAAGCUUAGGUGGUAAGUCCAUAAAAUAUUUAGAAAUAAGACAGCGUCACUUAAGAAAAAUGUUGUUGACUCAACACCCACUAGUUAAGGGUUGUGUUUGUAGCAUGUACGUUCGAAAAAGGAAAGUGCACAAUUGGAAAUUCGAAUUAUGUAAACGAUCAAUGUGGAAAAUACAAAUAUCUAAGCUACUUAAAAUUGCAUGUUAAAAAAAUGAGGUUUAAAACUAAUAUCACCAUUGAGACACAGCUGAGUAUUAAACUACAAGUAAAACCUAUACGCAUGUAGCAGAAAAAGAUGAUUUAAAAUACGGAUUACCGACACACGAAUAAAUAAUGGAUGUUGA